AUGAGUUUUUAAAAGCUAGAUUAUUUAAUACUUGGAGGUGGGUUAAGUGGCCUUUAUUGUGCCAAAAGAUUGCUUAAAGAAAGAGGAAUUAAGAAUUUAAUGAUCUUAGAAGCAAAAAAUAAGAUUGGAGGUAGAAUUCAAACUUAUAAAGGAUUGCUAAAUAAUAAUUAUGCAGAUUUAGGUGCCUAAUGGAUAUUACCUCAGCAUACUAGGGUUUAGGAUUUAUCUAAGAAUUACAAAUUAAAGCUGUUCCCUACAUACUCUUAAGGAUAGUCUAUUUACCAAUUUAAUGGCAAAAAUUUGAAAGAUGAAAUAUCAGACAAAUCGGCUUAAGACCUUUUUGAUAAGACGGACGAAUUUGUUGAAUAAUUUUUGAGCUUUCUAAAUCAAAAAUAAAUAACUAGUAUUCCAAAUAUGACUUUAUAAGAUUAUCUUGACGAUUUCAUAGUUUCAAAUGUAAAUACUCAAGACAAAGACAUUUUAAAUUUAUUCAAAUAGCAUCUUGCUUCAAAUUUAGAGAGUGUUACAGCCUACCCUUUAUCCAAAAUAUCACUAAAAUACGCCUAGUUUAUGGAAAAAUAAGGUAAAGAUUUUACCUCAUUACAAGGAGAAUUUGAUUAAUUGAGAAUGGAAGGUGGUGUUGAGAAUUUAAUUGAAAAAUUGGCUUAAGAUUUUGAAGCUAAUAAAUAUUUAUAACUUAACUAGAAAGCUGUAGAGAUUAUUUAGCACUCCAAUGAUGUAGUAGAAGUUAAGGUGUUAGAAUCUACUGAAAAAGACUCAAAAUACUCUUAAAAUGAAAUUUUAAUACAAAAAUCUUACUUUACAAAGAAUUUAAUCAUUUCUGUGCCUCCAUUUAUUUUUAAACACAUUGAUUUAUAGCUAUUGGAUUCUUAGCAUUAACAGAAAAUUCAAAAUCUUACUCAAAGCUAUGAUGUUGGCAACGUUAUCAAGACAUUUUUGCUAUACGACACUCCAUUCUGGAGAAAUCAAAACCUAAAUGGAAAUGCCUUCUGCUAUGAAAAUCCAUUUAUUACUGAUAUUUACGAUAUGUCAUGUAGUCACUCUUAAAAUGGAAUUCUACAAGUAUUUUCUGUUGGUUAAAAAGCAACAGAAGCAUAAAAGUUAUCUAAAUCAGAAUUUAGAACUAAAAUCAUUUAAGCUUUAGUUUCUAUUUUUGGCAGAGAAUCUUAUAAUUACUUUGAUUACUUUUCCCACUCAUUUAUUGAAGACCCUUUUGUUUUAGGAGGGUAUUCUGGUCUACAGAUUGGCAAACUUGAAUAAACUGGAGAAUCUCCUGUUUAAGAAUUUGCAGAUUUUAAUACUCAAAAAAAUCAAAAUAUAUUCUUUGUUGGAACAGAAACAAGUUAAAGUUUUAACGGAUACAUGGAGGGAGCUCUUCGUUCAGUUGACUGGUUACUUGAAAAUUCUAUAAAAAAUUGA